ACAGCCGCCGACCCGUUCAAGAUGAGGAGGAGCCGACUGAAAAUGUCGUGCCUAACAGAACACUGUAAAGCUGCACUCUCUCUCUCUCUCCUCUCUGUUCAUAUAUCUCUCAGAACUCAGAACCUUUCAGUCUCUCUCUCUCUCUCUCUCUCUCUCUCUCUCGCCAUAAAAGGACCUUCGCUGUCCACACUCAAUCCAUACUUCCACCAUCUCCACAUUCUUCCUUCGCCACAUUUCUUUUCAUCUCCUUCUUUCUCAAUCACUUACCCAAUUCUCAUUUCUCAAAAUGCCAUCAGAUACUUCCACUGAAACUCGAAGAUUAACCAAACCCCACACCGCCGGAGCUCCACCUCCUGAGCAAGAGCACCUCCCUUGCCCUCGCUGUGAUUCCACCAAUACUAAGUUUUGUUACUACAACAACUAUAAUUUCUCCCAGCCACGCCACUUCUGUAAGUCCUGUCGCCGUUAUUGGACCCAUGGUGGCACCCUCCGUGACAUCCCUGUUGGUGGCGGCACCCGCAAGAAUGCUAAGCGGUCACGUACUGCUGCUACUGCAAAUUUUAUUGGACCCAUAACAACCACAGCAGGUGAUAAUUUCCCAUUACCUGCUACUCCUGUAUUGGUGCCACUCAUGACCAAUCAUGCAACGUCCGUUCAGUUUGGCUGUGGUGGCGGCCAUGGGAAGGGUGGUGGGAGUAGCACCACGGCUGAUUCUGCUGUUUGCGGGAGCUUUACUUCUUUGUUGAAUACUCAGGGACCUGGGUUUUUGGCGCUGGGAGGAUUUGGGCUUGGUCUAGGGUCUGGGUUUGAGGACAUGGGCUGUGGGCUUGGGAGAGGGGUGUGGCCUUUUCCUAGUGUGGGAGAUGUUGGUGCUGGUGAUGGCGGAGGCCACGGUGGUAUGUCAGGCGGAAUGGGUAACACGUGGCAGUUUGAGAGUGGAGAUAAUGGAUUUGUUGGUGGGGAUUGCUUUUCUUGGCCUGAUCUUGCUAUUUCAACUCCUGGAAAUGGUCUAAAAUGAUGCUGUUCUUUUGGUUUAUCUUCUGGGUUUUGUCCCUUUCCUGCCCCCUCCCCAAAAAAAAGUUUAGUUAGCAAGUAUUGAGAGGAUAAUUAGGUUGAAAUUAGAAGAGAAAUGUGUAUUUUUAUUUUUUUUUGGUCGAAGUCCCCCUUUCUAUUUUCUCUCUAUGCCAUCUGAUUUUGUUAGCUUUAUGUACCUCUUUAUGUGCAGUUGACAUGGUACCAUAUUUGGCUACAUAAUCUUCUGACUUUGACUACUUUACAAUAUCCCAUGCUCAUAUUAGAGCUCAUUAAUCUUC